AUGUCUGAGGACAAGCUUAAACUGUUGUCCUGCCACUUUACUUGGGACUUGCAAAAGGAAGAUGCUGACCUUAACUUUCUCGAAGUGAAAGUUCGUGAAAGACUGGCAGUGAAAUGCGAGUAUGGAGGAAACCUGAAACAAAGAGAAUUCAAUUUUUUGGCCUUUAUUAAACAUUUACAAGGAUUUAAUGACGAGGCGAUUAAGAACCUGCAACUAGCAAAGAAGGAACAUCCGGACGAUGACAGCAAUGUGAUUGUGACGUAUGGAAACUUGGCCUGGGUGCACAGUCUCAUGGGCAAUGUGACUGAGGCUGAGACUUAUACAGAGAAAGUAAAUGAAAUCCUUAGAGCUUUCCCUGCUCCGUCUCCAACAGAGCUUCACAGAGAAGUUCAAAGCGAAAAAGCCUGGUCGCUUCUCAAGUUUUCUAGAAAGACCUACAUCAGGGCCAAGGAGAGUUUCCUUGAAGCUUUACAGAAAGAGCCGGAUGACAAGGAAUGGAACACAGGCUUUGCCUUUUCUCUGUUCCGUCUGGAGGGACUGAAGAUUGGUCAAUACAAGCGUGUACGAUUUGAAGAGUCUCCUGCUGUGCUCCAGUUGAAGAAAGCUCUGAACCUGGACCUGGACAAUGCAAUGAUCCAUGUGUAUCUGGGGCUUAAGUGCUACAAGAACACAAAGAACGUAAAUAGCACAGAGGCAUGGCAAUACAUGAAGCAAGCGCUCACGAUGGCUCCAGAUAACCUCAGCGUUGUUUUGCAUGUUGCAAAGUUCAUGAAGAAAGAGCAGUUUUAUGACAAGGCCCUGAAAGUGUUGCUGGAAAUGCUGAAGAAAGUGCCAGACUCGUCACGGUUACAUCAUGAGAUUGCCAACAACUACCGCUGGAAAGCCAUAAAACUUCUAGACGGUGAAGAGUCAAGGUACUCUACAGUCUCAGAUGCUCAUAUUUCAGUACCAUACAUUUACAGACAGUCACCCAUCUAUACUCUCCCUUGUGUCAAAAGGCAGGGGGGAGCAACUCGAAAGGCAGAGCCUCAGUACAAAUUUGUUGAAGAGAUUAUUACAGAGACAACCAGAGAAGAUGUGGAGAUAUCAGACACUGGCUCUGAUAAGAGUGGGGAGGGAAGAGAGGGUGACAAACCAGAUGAGGAGAGCAGUGAGAAAGAUGCACAGGGUGAAACUCCACAAGAGGUGGAAGAUACUGAAGAACCAGCCAUGGAGAACGGCAAUGAAGCCAAUCCUGAGUUAGAGACAGAGGAAACUGAAGUCAAACCAAGUGAUGAAAAAGAAGAUGAGUCAGCUGAUUCUGAGGUACAAAAAGAUGCUGAUUCUGAACCAACUCAGGACUCUACAGAACAAGCCACUGAUGAACAAGAUAAAGAUGAGGAAUUAGAUACAAAAGGCACAGAGCACAAAGACCUGAAGAAUGACGUGCAGGGAAAAGUAGAAGAACCUGAAGAGGAAAAUAAACAAGCUGAAGAGACAGAGAAAGAUGUUCCCAAACCAGAUCUGUCAGAAAAGCAAGAAAUGCCAGAUAAAUCAAAAACUAUACCAAAAGACAAACCAUCUCAGGAACCGCAAGAUCCUGAAGCAACAACUGAAGUAAAACCCAAGCCCGGUGGAGAGACUGUUGGGGUAACUUCUCCAAAAACUGAAGAUGCUAAAAUCUCAUCUGAACAAUCUACAACUGCAAAAUCAACAGAGAAAGAGAAAGAAUUAGCUCCAGAGCAACCUGUAGAGGAAGAUACUCCUAAACCAGAUAAACAAGCAACUCCCGAACAUACAGAGAGUGGAAAACAGACUACUGAAGAGGACACUUCUGCAAAAAAAGACAAAUCUGAUACUGUAAAGGAAGAAACUAAGAAAUAUGAGCCUAAGAAAAAAGACCAAGAAGAUAACAACAAACUAACAGAGAAACCUGUGGGGGAAAAGCAAGAGGCUCAAUCAAGUAAAGACGAAAAGGAACAUAAACCUGAGGAGUCUGUAAAAGAUAGCAAAGUUGAACUGGUAGACAACAUGAAAACAGAAAAGGGUGAAAGUAUCAGGGCUAAAGAACAAGAAAAGACACAAAAGGAGCUUUCAAAGGAUGCAGAAGAACAAUCGCAACCUGAAAAGUCAAAGAAACAGGAGGACAGCAAAAGCAGUAGUCUAGCAAGUGUGACAAUAGAAAAGGGUGAAACUGGCAAGCUAAAAGAAACAGAAAAGACACAAGAAGACCUUUCCAAAGUUGCUGAAGAAAAAUCACAACCUCAAAAGUCACAGAUACCAGAGGACAAAAAAAGUGACAGUGUAAAAAAAGAAAAAAAGGCUGAACACGUUAAGCCUAAAGAAACAGAAAAGACAAAAGAA